UUUAAAAUAAACUGAGGAAAUGUGAUUUUUUUAAUCUAUUCAAUGAAAAUAUCCUCAAGAUAAUCUAUAAAAAUAAAGUGCAAUGAAAACUGAUUGAUCAAUCCAUUUUUUAUGCAGAUGAUGGUACUAGUGGAAAAAAUAUUAUGUUUUUUAAGAUGAACUGGAUGGUUUCUUGUCAGUGAAAAUGUCUUACAAUUGUAAAACCUAGACAUGGCGCAUUGGUUUAAUGAUGUUUUUGAUCAGCAGGUAAUAUUGCUGAUUCUGCACAUGCAAGUGGUCCUAUUUUUUCAGACAAAGCACCUCUCUUCAUUCUAUAAGGUAGAGAACUAUGAGCUAGACAGAAGGAAAAUAUGCUAUUCAUCUGUGUCAAAAGAUACAUUUGUUGUUGAUUUUAUCAGAUGUAUAUAGAACUGUUUGUAUUAUUGCUUUCUAGAAACGGGCCACAACUAAUUCUGUGGUCAUCAAGUGUUGUGACCUACACAGGAAUUCCAGUUAAUUUGAGUUGCAUGAUAAUGGGAGAAUCCAGCAAAUGGGAGAUUUUAUGGUAUAAAGAAAGCCAACAGCUGUUUGCAGAAGAUCAAGGUAACACUGAAGUACCUAAUUACAUCAUUGUUUCUGCUAAUGUGUGGGACAGUGGAAAGUACUGCUGUCGAGCAAAACGAGAAGAGUUUCUCUCAAGCUGCAGCAAUCAAGUGGAGAUUCAAGUCUUCCAGAGCCACUUAAAACCUAUAUUAAUCGUAGAACCUGAUGAAAGAGACUUCUACAGAGAAGAUGUGUUUAUAAUAACCUGCUGUUUUAAUGAAACUAUUACUGGCUGGAAUUUCAGUUUAUACAAAGAUGGGCUGAAGGUAACAGACAGUAGUCCUUACACAGUCAGCUCGGCUAAGUCUUCUGACAGUGGUGAGUACUGGUGUGAAGCUGAAAGCAAACUGGAUGCAAAUGUCAAAUCGAAUCAAAGCAACGCUCUCAAUAUUACUGUACAGGCUCUUCCUGAAGCUCUUCUGACUGAAAUGUUAUGGAGUGAAAUAUUUAAUAUUAUUUUUAAGGGUCAAGUGACACUGAAAUGUGAAACUAAAUGGAAUUCCACUGACUGGAAAUACAAAUGGUUCAGAAAUACUGCUGUAAUAAACGAGGAUCAUCAGGGCAGUCUAUAUAUCAUUUAUACUGGAAAUGACUCAUAUGGUGUGGAGUACAGGUGUAGGGGACAGCAGUUUACCAAGCCACCUUAUUCAGAAUACAGUGAGGUUGUUACACCCUCAGUGACUGUUCUUAAACUGAGAAUGAUUGCAGGUGCAUCGCUUAUCAUCGUACUGCUCAUUUGUGGCACUUUACUUAAAUAUGAAUGUAAGCGACUUCUUAGAGUAAAAGGUACUGACAAGAAAGGUGUAGAACCUAGUAUGAACAUGCAAAACAGUGACUACACUCAGCCCACUGAAGCUAUGUUUUACUCCAUGGCAAGGUUGAAUUUUACAUCUCUGGAUUCUGCCACUAAGAACGAAACUAAUAAUACGUUGUAUCAUACUAUUGAGUAACUGCCAACAAAGUUCUUAUUGACUGUUGGAUAUCUUUGCAAGCCACUGACAGCUUCAUGAAGAUGUACAGGCAAACUCAGCAUCAAACAGCAAGACUGAUGAGAUCCACCAGACUCAUUUUAAAUCAGACCCAAAUAGGGAUGCUAAUUGAAUAGUGGGAAGGCUAAAUUCUUACAGACAUGGGCUUUUGAUAUGUGCUAGUCCAGCUUUUCAUAUAUGUCAGCUAUCUCCUGUUCACUUUCUUUCAUUCAUUGACCGAAACUAAUCAAUGACCGAGCCAUCAUCACAAUUAUGUGUAAUUCAUUAGUUGCAUUAUCAUUGUUAUCCAAAUCUAAAAUAUUCUAAACAUCCUUUAAAGAAGCCUUCUGUUGGGUUUCCAGGAACCACAUAAUCCUACAUGUUUUUUCUCAUUGUUUCUGGUAUUUCUAAAAUUUUAUAAUGCCCUUCUUCCAAAUGAAAUAAUGUAAUUUCUGUUGUUUUGGCCUUCUGGUUUAUUUUUUUAUUUUUCAAGAAGCAACAUUGUGCAUUGCAUAUUUUAAUAUUAAUAGUUUCUGUAAAUGUACCUAUUUGUGUGGAAUAUUUUGUUUUUGACCCUUGUAAUAUUGUUUGAAUUGAACAGUUCAUUGUGCUCUGUAUGAAAAGCACUAUUUAAAGGUGUAAUCUAAAGACAUAGCUAAUCUCCUCCACAGCUUUCCAGGGUGAAGAACUUGGGAUUCUCACCUUCAGAAAUGCUCUGCCCACUUACUAGCUUAAAAUGUUGUGUAAAAUGCUUUUUUGUACCAAGUACAAGCCGUUCCUUAUGAACAUACUAUU